CCUAUUGGUGUUGCUGUUGACCGUGGGGAAGUUUCUCCUCAUUCACACAGAACCCCAGGUUGUAAUUGAAACGGCCUUAAUUGCGCGAGAAUGGCGGAGUCGGAGACGCUACCCGUAGAGGAAAGGGAAUUUCAAACGGUUGUUGCUCAUAUCGGGGGUAAAGAGAGGAUUUAUCUGGUUAGUGAUGCCUGCAAAAGUAAUGGCGUAGACGCGGGUGACGCUGGGAUAUUGCAGGAGUUCGUGGGAGACAUGUUUCACAACGACAACCCUGCGAUCAGUAAAGACCAGCUCCGUUGCUCUCCUCAAAGUGAUACAAUGUGUGAAAGUCCUUGCAAAUCAGACACUGGAAAAUGCAAUGAAAUUCCUUUGACAAAAGCGACCAGUGACUUGAGGUUGGAAGUGGACAGAGGGAAGGAGCAACGGCCAACGAGCAACAAUCAGAGAACAGCCACGAGGAGGGUUAAUAUUUACAGCACGAAGCGAGCGAUAGACUCUCCGGUCAUUAUAUUCAUCUUCAGACAGACAUUUAUCAGUAAAGUUCCAAACCAGGUGUGCUUAAAAGAAAUCUUAAAGGACGUAAAGGCGCGCACGAAAUGUGCGUCUAUCACUCUACCAGCUCUGAUUGGAUUAAUACGCACCACGCAGGAGAGCGACGAAACACGUCAGUGUGCGCAAGUCCUGGAAAGUGAGAUGCGCGCGGUGUUCCACAAACAUUCACCAGAGACGAUAUGGGUCGGCUGUUUCAUCCCGAAGACAGAGGCCUCAGUGCUCAACAUCAAGAAAAAUGCUUGCAAAGUUGUUUGCGCAUCUCAAACAGCAGAUAAUACCAGGGAUAGAGGGGACCAGUAUUUGUGGUCAUUUCAUAUCAUUUUGGUCAUAUCAUUUGUGGCCAGACCAACAACAAAUCUUCAAACUGCAAACAAAAAGGUGAUGCUGGAAGUGCCGAGGAAGGGAUCCCUCUGAAAACCAGCAUCUUGGCCUCUUAGCUUCAUGUAAACGAAUAACCUGAUUGAAUAGGUCUAUUACUGUAGACAUCCAUAUUAUCACUGUGAAAUGGCCUCAUGGUGUAAUAGAGCCUUACUACAUAUUACAUUACUAUUUGGUGCUCCAAAUCCCUACACUGAGUCAAGAUUGUUUCUGUCCUGAAUGUUGCUGCUUUACGCAUUGUCCUGAACAGUGCUUGUGUCCGUGUAGCGAUUAAUUUAACACCACAGUUCAUGUUUUUUACUUUGGACAGAACCAGUCAAUUACACAAGUGGAAAAAAGGGCAACUGAAGAUCUCCUAACGCACUGUAUACCUGCUGCUUGAUGCUAAUUUGAGUGUGCAUUUAAUGUGAGAGUAUAUCAAUGAAAGAUCAUAUUAACUGACAGUAAAGGCCUUAACCGAACUAAGAUUUAUUACUGCAACUGAGUGAAAAGCGUCUACUUAAUGUCAAAAGUCUCAUUUAAAGACUUACAAAAUGUUUGCUUCAUAUAGUUGAAUGGUUUGCAAUUGCCACUUUUAUUUAGUUGAAAUACCUGAAACCAGAUGUUCUGCUUUAGAGUAGUCUACCUGUUGUACAGAAAACUGGAACACCAAAUCAUAAGUGGUGUUUUCCCACAUUUUUCAAGAAAUGUGACUUUUUAUUAUAUAUGUUUUUUCUUUCAUUAAAUAUCAGUCUGUCUUAGAUGAGGACUGAUGAGAUAUUUGCCACAGGCAUGUAACACACAGUUGUUACUUUUGAAGUAUUUAUGUAGGUUGUUGUUCUGUCCAUUUUUAUCAAUAAACACAUUUGAACUCGA